AGGUUCAACUAUUUCGGUUGCAUACCUUGACGCUUCCCCAACGCAUGACUCCAUUCUUUCCCGGGCCUCCCCAAACAAUACGGCAAGAACUCCCGAGAAAGGUUUCUAGCUCACACCAAUGGCGACUCUGUCUCUUCGUCUACACACCAAGGCCGGCGCCGCUCCUCUCUGGCGACAAAGGCAACGACGGCAUGGUUCCCUUGAGAGGACCACCAGCCACCCGGUGAAGCAUGCUGGGAAACUGCAGGCGAGCUACAGGGGCCUUGAGGCACUGUAUGACGAUGGGUACCAGAAUGUGAAGGACCUAGGCUACUACUACGAAUCACUUGGCGAGCUGGUGGAGCAUGACACUGGGCCGGCGCGAUGGUUUUGCCCGGUCCACCCCGGCUCCCCGAUCGAGGAUGCUCCUCUAAUGCUAUAUUUGCCCGGCAUAGAUGGAAUGGGGAUGGGACUCUUCAUGCAUCACAAGGCACUUGGAAGGAUUUUUGAACUAAGAUGCAUGCACGUUCCUCUCCAUGAUCGCACGCCAUUUGAAGAUCUUGUUACAAUGGUAGAAGAUGUUGUAACAGAAGAGCAUGCUACUUCUCCCAAUAAGCCCAUCUAUCUACUGGGGAAUUCUUUUGGAGGGUGUUUGGCGCUUGCAGUAGCUGCUCGUAACCCACAUAUUAAUUUGGUAUUGGUACUAGUGAAUCCAGCAACAUCAUAUGAGAAGUCACGCAUCCAACAGCUUCUAUCGCUCUUGAGCCUGUUCUCUGAUCAAGCAUGCAUGGCAGUUACAGCUCUACUGAACUACAACAUCGACAAUGAACUGGACAUGGCAGUGAGUAGCAUGCUAAAUGGGAAGCAUCCGCUAGCAGCACUUAACAGAAUGACAAAUAACAUGACAUCAUUCCUGAAGCAUUCGAACAUACUUGACAAAAUACCAGAGGAUACACUUAAAUGGAAAAUGAAGCUGAUCAAACGGGCUGCUUCUUACGCCAAUUAUCGUCUACAAUCGGUUCAGGCCGAUGUGCUACUGUUAGUCAGCUGUGCUGACAGGUUACUUCCAAGCAAAGACGAAGCUGACAGGCUGCAGAGGUUGUUACCAAAGUGUAAAAUCUACUUCUUUGAGAAGCACGGGCACAGCUUACUACUGGAAUACGGUGUUCAUGUUGCAAGUAUCAUCAAGUGCACUGACCUCUACCGCCACUCGAGGCAGCACCACCGGGUGUUCGACUACAUCCCUCCAUCUGCAACUGAACUAAACGAAGUAGACAAAGCUACGUGUGAUCUGAGAUUCAGGACUUGCCCAGCGAUGUACUCCACUCUGGAGGACGGCACAGUGGUGAGGGGCCUCGCUGGAGUGCCCCAGGACGGCCCAGUGCUGCUGGUCGGCAACCACAUGCUUCUGGGGAUCGAGCUCAUCUCGCUGGCGGCGGAGUUCCUGCGGCUGAAGCGGGUGGUGGUGCGCGGCAUCGCGCACCCGCUCCUGUUCCCAAACAAGAAGAGAGCGUGGUCUGAGGGCCAUGACUUCUUCGACUUCCUCAACCUGUGGGGCGGCGUGCCCAUGAGGUACAAGUCCAUCUACGACCUGCUGCGCGCCGGCGAGUUCGUGCUCCUCUACCCCGGCGGCCACCGGGAGGCGCUGCAUUGCAAGGGCGAAGAGCACAGGCUGUUCUGGCCAACCCAGACGGAAUUUGUUAGGCUGGCAGCACAGUUUAACGCAACGAUUGUGCCUUUCGGAGUCGUCGGGGAGGAUGAUCUGUUAGAACUGCUCUGUACUUUCGACGACAUCAGGAAUGCACCCUUCGGCAAGGAAAUGAUCCAAGCGUACAGCAACCAUCUGAAGCUAAGGUACACACACACCUGUGAAUUAUUGCCCUGCUUGCUUGAGUUGUGCUGUGGAUUUCUCUGGAAAUGCAAAUGCUUCUCUUGCAGGGACGUUGACCAUGAGGUGAUCUUCCCGGGAAUGUAUCUGAAAAUGCCGGGCCGGUUCUACUACCAAUUCGGGAAGCCGAUUCCGACUAGAGGGAGGCAGGACGUCCUGACCGAUAAGCAUGCUGCGCAUCAUCUCUACAUGCAUGUUAAAUCGGAGGUGGAGCGUAUCAUCUCCUACUUGCUGGAGAAGAGGGUGGAGGACAGAUACAGGAACCUCAUCCCAAGAAUGUUGUACCAGGCUGCUCGGGGACCGACGUGUGAAGUCCCAGCGUUUGAUCCCUAAUUCAAUAGUGACUUAAAUUAGUUAUAUAUCAUAAAAAAUAGUGUUCAAUCUAUAAAAAACAACUCUAAAAACAUCCUAUUUUACAAAUUUCUGUAAAAAAAUAUAAAAACUAUUGAGAACACCAUAAAGUAACUUAAAUAUACAACACCCGAAUUAGUGUUAUGUUCUUAAUUUCCACAUCAUCUUCGAACUUUUGUUUCUAAUAAUAUAUAUUUUUUAAAGUACAUGAUUUAGUACUCACCUCAAUUCUUUUUGAGCGCUCUAAACACUAAUGGUGUAGUUUUUUUUAUUUUGGAGGCACUGUUUCAAGGAUGCAUAUUAUUAGAGAUACUGUCUCUAACAGCAUGCAUGUACAGCCAUGGUCGGUUUGCUGUCGUGUACUAGAAAGUAGAAAUCCUUACAUAAACAGCUGAACAAACAACUUAUACAGUUGGUCA